AGGAUCAAGGAUCUAUCAUUUUCCCAGCACUUACAGUCAGCCAAACAGCACUAGAGAGCUGACACUGCUUGAAACCCGAAAGAUGCUGAUAGUGAAGGCUCAAAAGGAGAUUCUGAAGAAGCUAAAAGAAUGGAAAUCAGGGACUCCAAGCAACACUCUGAAUAGAGAGAGCAAGAAAGCGAAAGAAAGCAAGAGAGAGAAGUAUGAGAGCACCACUAAUGGGAAAGUUGGGUUGUUGUCUGAGGUAGAAGAGCUGGCUGACAAGCAUCGUGUUAGUUGUUCUGCCAAUAAUGCAGAUAAGAAGGAUAUUGUGGCAGUUUCACUGAAUGUUCCAGAUCCUGACUUUCAUGAUUUUGACAAGGAUAGAAGUGAAAGUUCUUUCGGAGAUAACGAAGUUUGGGCUGCUUAUGAUGAUGAUGAUAGUAUGCCGCGUUUUUAUGCCCUAAUUAACAAGGUGCUAUCUAGGAAUCCAUUUAAGGUGAGGAUCAGUUGGCUUAACUCAAAAACCAACAGUGAAUUUGGUCCCAUUGACUGGGUAGGCUCAGGCUUCUACAAAACCUGUGGGGAAUUUAGAGUUGGCAGAUAUGAAAUCUGCACUUCUAUUAAUUCAUUUUCUCAGAAGGUUAUUUGGUCAAAAGGCCCACGAGGGACUAUUCAAAUAUUUCCGAAGAAGAGUGAUGUUUGGGCACUCUACAAAAAUUGGUCUUCUGAUUGGGACGAACGUACUCCUGAUGAAGUUAUACACAGUUAUGACAUGGUAAUGGUGCUUGAUGAUUAUGAAGAACAGGGCGUGUCUGUUGCUCCUCUUAUGAAGGUGAUGGGUUUUAUGACAGUAUUUCGUCCAAAUUUGGAGCCUGAAAUGCUCAAGAGAAUCCCGAAAGAAGAGAUGUUCCGAUUUUCUCAUCAGGUCCCCUAUCACUUGCUUACUGGUCAAGAAGGUCAAAAUGCACCAAGAGGUUGCUUGGAACUGGAUCCAGCAGCUACCCCAUUGGAACUUCUUCAGGUGACAACAGUCUCUCAAGAGAUGCCAGUCAUACGAAAUGGAGGAGGUAUUAAUGAAGAGGUAUUGCCGAGUGUUUCUGUUACCAGGGUGGAUGAGAUUGAUGACGGGUUAGUGACACAUGAAUGAUCUAGAGUCGAGGAAGGUAAGAAAAUUAACUUGCCAAGUUAGGCAACACUUAUUGGCAGAUUUAGAAUAUACUGGAAAUCUUAGAUGGAUGUUCAGGUUGCUGGAGAUACAUAUAAGCAUGAAGGC